UUCACGGUGAUGUGUUCUGUAAUGCAUAUUCGUAACACUCUAAAAAAAUAUCUGUGGGUUUGUUUACAGUUUCAUCUGUAAAGCAUUAUAUAUUCUAUAUCUAUUGUCAAUUUUUUAUUCUUUGUACGAAGAAAGGCAUGCAAAUGAGUCGUAUGAACUCUCCAUCUGUUGGUGACGACGAUGGGGGCGUCGGUCACGCGUUGAGUGACUUUCUCCUGCAACUUGAAAACUACACACCUUCAGUUCCCGACUCUGUUGUUGCUUAUUACUUGAAUAUGUCUGGCUUCGAAUCGCAAGAUCCAAGGCUUAUCCGCCUCAUAGCGUUAGCGGCACAGAAAUUUCUCUCCGAUAUUGCAAAUGAUGCUCUUCAGCACUGCAAAAUGAGGACCUCAAGCCAAAUGUCAAUGAGCAAAAAUCAAAAAGGACCAAAAGAAAAGAAAUAUGUAAUGACAAUGGAAGACUUAGUGCCAGCAUUACAAGAAUAUGGAAUCAUUGCAAAGAAACCACACUAUUUUGUGUGAUUUUUAUGUGGGACGAACUUUGAUCUCAAAUUGUGUAUUUUUUGUAAGUGAAAAAUUAUAAAUUUAAUAUUUAUAAAACUGUUGAGUAAAGGUUUUGCUGCUAAAUCUGGUGUACAACUAUCACUAGUAUAAUAUACAACUUAAAUUUCUCCAGUUAUACCAAGUUGGAAGCUAGCUUAUAUAUUAACAUAUUACGAUUCUAUCUACAGGUUAUUUGAAUACAAAAAUUAAUAUGGUUAUCACUGACCACCUUGUCAUAUAAUUGGCCUGUUUUGGUAAUAAAUAGCAAAUAGUUUAUCAAGUUGGUAUUGACUAGUUCAAAAAGUAAGAUACAGGACUGAGUCGUGCGAAUUAUCACUCCUAUAAAUCAAAAUCGUUUAAGACUUGGUGCUAAAUCUAGACUCUGAAUCUUACUCUGAGACUAGGACCCCAGUUGUUCAUCUGAUUUAGUGCUAGUUUGCUUAUAUAUAAACUUAAUACAUGUACACAUCUGUAGACUAGAAAAAUAUAUCAUUAAAUAUAGGUGAAUUUUUUAGUUUUAAAUUAAUUAGCUCUUCCCUUUUUCUAGUCUCAGAUUCGAACCCAGGACAACAAAGGAAUGAGCUAUCAAGGUGUGAUAUUCAAAUGUAUUUAAGACUGGAUACAAUGGGGGAAUUAAAAUGAUUGCCCUACAGAUUUUGUAUUUUAAUUGAUAAAUUAUGUUAUUAGAGAUUUAAGGUAAUUAAAUAAAAGAAUUGAUUUAUAAAUUUGUAUUUUUUUACUAUCACUAACAAAAGUUAUUCGAUAUUAAAAUUCAUGUUGGCUAUAUUAAA